UAUUACAAACAUAUAAUCACGUCUAUGUCCCUUGCGGGGUAGACCGAGCCAACGGUCUCGAAAAGACUGAAAGGCCACGUUCAGCUGUUUGGAUGAACGAAAGAAUUGAGAUUUAAAUAUGAUGACAGGUUGCAAGCAGAUGCAUUACCUACAAGACGAAUCUCAAGUUUAUAAGCCUAUAUACUACGCUCUACCAUAAACAAAUCGUAUGUACUUUACUCAUUCUAUACUCCGCAUAUAAGGAGAAGGUUACAAUUUUCCUCAACCAGUGUCUUAGUGCCGUGUGGUCAGACAAGAUGCUGGCAAGAUGUGUGUUUGUUUGUUUGUUCGUCGCAGUAUUGGGGUGCAGGUCUAACAGUCACGAGAAACCUGGUAAAACUAAUGGCUCUCCAAAAACAGUAUCAUCUGAAGAUCCAAUAACCAUGACGCCUUCGGGCACCAUCCGCGGCUCCUGGAUGAGGACUCGGCGAGGGAGACAGUUCCAGGCUUACCGCGGGAUCCGGUAUGCGGAACCUCCAGUGGGAGAGCUGAGGUUUCAGCCACCGAAGCCAAUACUCCAGUACCAAGGUGUGGUGGACGCCAGUAAGGAAGGCCCAGCGUGUCCCCUCCCCGCUCCCCCCACUUACUACGUCGAUGAGGACUGCCUCACCAUUAAUGUUUACACUCCGAACAAUAAUAGCACGAAGCCGCUUCCAGUGAUCUUCUUCAUCCACGCCGGCGGCUUCUACUCCAUGACAGGUCGGAGCGACCUGGCCGGCCCCCAUUACCUGCUGGACCGUGAUGUCGUGCUAGUCACUAUCAAUUAUCGGCUUGCAACCCUUGGAUUCCUCAGUACGGGAGACGCGCUUGCUCCAGGCAACAAUGGGAUGAAAGACCAAGUAGUCGCUCUCCGCUGGGUACAGAAGAACAUUCGUGCCUUUGGGGGGGACCCUGGCCUGAUCACUAUUACCGGCUGCAGCGCUGGGUCCAUUAGUGUCAUGCUUCAUAUGGUGUCUCCUAUGUCUAAAGGUCUAUUCCACCGAGGCAUAUCAAUGAGCGCGUCGCCAACCGGCAAGGAAUCAUCCAGAUAUGAUAUGUACGACUUGGCAGUGAAACAGGCCGAGAUACUGAACUGCCCGAGCAAUAGUUCCGCAGCCAUCAUAUCCUGCUUGAGGACCAAGAGUUUUAAGGAGCUGGGCGAUUCGCUGCCCAAGUUCUUUGAUCAAUUCGGCUUCGACCCCGUGGGCCUCUGGAUGCCAGUGGUGGAGAGAGAGUUUGGACAAGAGCGGUUCCUGGUGAAGGACCCGGCGGAGUCCAUUAAGGCUGGGGAAAUGUACGCCGUGCCCCACAUGAUAUCGCAGACCACUGACGAGUUCUUUUGGAAGGCUUUCCCCGUGCUGAAGAACCAAACAUUACUCGACACGAUGAACAAUGAAUGGGAGCGUGUAGCCCCUAUUUCUUUUCAAAUGUCCCCGAAUAUAUCUUCGGAGAACAAAUUGAAGCUGAGACAGGCGUACUUCGGAGACAAGACCUUGGCGAAUGAUGAUGUCAGCACUAAAGCCUUAGGGAGACUGUAUGGAGACUCCAUCAUUGGAUUUCCUGUUCAUGUAAUGGCUAACCUGAUGUGCCGCCAUUCACCACAGAAGGUGUUUUACUACGAGUUCGCCCACGUUGGGAACCACAGUCAUUACGAGGCCCCGACCACUAAGAAACCCGUUGGAGCCGCCCACCAUGAUGAUCUGAUCUACCUCUUCACCCUGAGCUACCGGUUUCCGACCAUCGAAGUCAGCGACACCCUGGACUCCAAGCUGGUGGAUAAGAUGACAGCAAUUUGGUACAAUUUCGCUAAAUACGGCGAUCCUAACCCCGUGAACGCUUCUCAACCAGAGCUGUCAAAUCUAAGAUGGCCGCCGAUGACGUCAGACGUCCGCCAGUACCUACGAAUUGGCGGAGAUUUCUCAGUUCACGAGAAAAUGUUUGAAAACAGAUUUAAAGUGUGGGAAGAGAUAUACCCACAGGACUAUUAGAAGAAUACUUAUGUUGAAAACAAAACAAUUGUAUUAAGUUAUAUAUUUUAAUUAAUUUAUUAUAACACAAAACAGAAUAAAACUUAGUACCUACAUAAUAAUAAGAUAAAAAAGAAAUAUUGGAAUCAGCAUUAAAUUUGAUGAAGUAAUGACAUCUAUCGGUGUCUAAUCGAAAAUAUAUUUUUUUAUUUAUUUAGUCUUUAUUGUAACAACUAGGGGCCGCCCGCGACUUCGUCCACAUGAAAACCCUAUCAAUCCCGUGGAAACUGUGGGGUAAAAAGUAGCCUAUGAGUUAUUCUGGCUCUCAUCGUAAUCGGUUCAGUAGUAUUUGCGUGAAAAAGUAACAAACAUCCAUACUGACAUCCUGACAUACUCACAAACUUUCACAGGCAGACUCAAUGCUAAUAGCAUUAUCUAACAGUCUUACUAUUGGACUUGCUAUAGGUACUAAGUAUAGGGUUUUCCAUAAAAUUGGAUCAUGUUAGUUUAUUAUUUUAUUGUUGUAAAAAAACAUACCUACAUACAUUUGGUUGUCUGGAAGAACUCCCGAUUGGGAUAAGUCCGCUUUUGUACAUAUUCUUAUAAAUCCAAUGA